AUCCCGCACAGGACGAGUUGCCCCAACAGAAGCGGCGAAGCGCACGGCACCAAAAACUUUCCACACUGGGAUGGGAAAGUUCGAAAGGGACGCUUUGCUUUUCUUCCUCACAGAUACGAUCCACGCAGGAGGAAGGGAUUGGAUAUAAACAUCGAGCCGGUGGAUAAAAGGAUUAGUUUUUUGGGGUGUUGGGGGGCAGGGUGAUUUAUUAAAUUUUUCCUGAAGAUUUCGCACUUUGGAUCGGCUGCAUCCGAAGAUAGAAAGAAAAGCCCACUGAGGUGCGAUCGCCCGGGUGGAAGAAAAAAUGCCUUCCUCUCCGCAGCCUCGCAGUCUGGUGAGGUUUGCCGUGUUUUUUCUGCUGUUCGUGGGACUGGAGCGUGGAUCGGGGGCCCACGCUGGGACGUGCCCCCCUCCCUGCGUGUGUUUUGGGGAACUUGUGGACUGCGGUCGGGUGAAAAGGGGCCGAAUUCCAGACACGAUCCCGGAGUGGACAGUUCAGCUGGACUUAAGCCAUAACAAAUUGCAAGUGCUCGACGGCAAUUUGUUUUCCAGACUGCCGCAUUUAAAGGAACUAAAGCUGAAUCACAACAAACUGGAGGCAAUACCAGAUCUGGGUCCUUAUGCUUCAAACAUCACAACCCUCAUUCUAGCAAACAACAGGAUCAGUGGGAUCUCGGAGGAGCGGCUCAGACCCUUCGCCUCCCUGGAAUCGCUCGACCUCAGCAGCAACAAAAUAGUGGAAAUAAAGACCAGCUCCUUCCCGGCUCUGCCUCUCAAGAACUUGUUCCUCUGCAACAAUCGCAUCUCGUCUCUGGAGUCGGGCUGGUCCACCAACCUGGCCAGCACUCUGCAGGUUCUUGAGCUCAGCCACAACCGGAUCUCCAACAUCCCGGCCAGGUUCUUCCAGCUGCCCAACCUGCAGCAUCUGGAUUUGAGCAGAAACCAGAUUCGCCGGGUGGAGGGCUUGACUUUCCAAGACCUGCCCACCCUCCGCUCGCUGAAGCUGCAGAGGAACCGCCUCACCGGGCUGAUGGACGGGGCCUUCUUUGGCCUUAGCAACAUGGAAGUCCUGCAGCUGGGCUUUAACAACCUGACGGAGGUGAGCAAAGGCUGGCUGUACGGCCUGGGGGCUCUGCAGCAGCUCCACCUCGAACACAACACCAUCAGCAGGAUCCAGCCUGAAACCUGGAAGUGUUGCCAGAAACUCAGCAAGCUCAACUUGUCCUCGAAUCACCUGUCCAGACUGGAGGAGUCCAGCUUCGACGGCCUCAGCCUGCUGGACGAGCUCCAUGUGGGAAACAACCGUGUGAGCUUCAUCGCGGGCGGAGCGUUCCGCGGCCUCUCCAACCUGCAGAUGCUGGAUCUCCAAAACAAUGAAAUCUCCUGGACUAUUGAAGACAUGAAUGGGCCGUUUUCUGCUCUUGAAAAGAUGAAAACGCUGUUCCUGCAGGGGAACCAGAUUCGCUCGGUGACCAAAAAAUCCUUCUCAGGCCUGGACGAGCUGCAGCACCUAGAUCUGAGCAAUAACGGCAUCAUGUCCAUCCAAGCCAACGCCUUCUCCCAGAUGAAAAACCUUCAGGAGCUGCGUCUGAAUACCUCCAGUCUCCUGUGUGACUGCCAGCUGAAGUGGCUUCCCAUCUGGGUGGAAGAGCAAAGCUUCCUGCCCUGCGUCAAUGUCAGCUGCGCCCACCCACAGAUGCUGAAGGGCAGGAGUGUGUUCUUGGUACGUCAGGAGGAGUUUGUGUGUGAUGACUUCCCAAAGCCCAAGAUAACGGUGCAGCCAGAGACCCAGUCAGCCCUCAAAGGAACCAACGUGACAUUCGUCUGCUCUGCCGCUAGCUCCAGCGACUCCCCCAUGACCUUUGCCUGGAAGAAAGACAAUGAAGUACUGAACAAUGCCGAGAUCCACAACCAGGCCCACCUAAGGGUUCAGGGCGAUGCAGGAAGUGAGACGGAAGUCACAGAAUACACCACCACAUUGCAGCUGCGGAAUGUGGAGUUCUCCAACGAGGGGAAGUACCAGUGCGUCAUCUCUAACCACUUUGGGUCGUCAUAUUCCUCUAAGGCCCGGCUCACGGUGAACAUACUUCCUUCUUUCACCAAAACACCAAUGGACUUGACGAUCCGGGCAGGAGCGAUGGCUAGGCUAGAAUGCGCGGCCACCGGUCACCCAUCCCCUCAGAUCGCCUGGCAGAAAGACGGAGGCACUGACUUUCCUGCCGCUCGCGAGCGUCGCAUGCACGUCAUGCCCGAGGAUGAUGUCUUCUUCAUUGCGGGUGUCAAAACGGAGGACAUUGGUGUCUACAGCUGCACGGCUCAGAACACAGCUGGAGUUACUUCAGCAAAUGCAACUCUAACUGUUCUUGAAACCCCCUAUUUCCUGCGCCCUCUCACGGAUCGGACCGUGGCCAAGGGCGAGACAGCCGUGCUCCAGUGCAUCGCCGGUGGAAGCCCUCCUCCUAGACUGAACUGGACCAAAGACGACAGUCCCCUAGGGGUCACCGAGCGACAUUUCUUUGCUGCUGCCAACCAGCUCCUCAUUAUUGUUGAUGCUGCUGAGGUGGAUGCGGGAAAGUACACUUGCGAGAUGUCGAACGCUCUGGGCACAGAGCGGGGGAAUGUUCGCCUGGCCGUCCUGCCGAACCCCAACUGUGAUUCUGGAGUGCAGAGUGGUGCCGGGAAUGUCAUGGGGAGUGGAUCAGGGGCAGAUGAUGAUGGCUGGACCACAGUGGGGAUUGUCAUCAUUGCGGUGGUUUGCUGCGUAGUUGGAACUUCCUUGGUCUGGGUGGUCAUCAUCUACCACACCCGCCGGCGGAACGAGGACUGUAGCGUCACCAAUACAGAUGAGACCAACCUACCUGCGGAUAUUCCUAGCUACCUCUCCUCCCAGGGAACACUAGCGGACCGACAGGAUGCCUACAUCCCGUCUGAAAGUGGUAGCAGCCAUCAGUACAUAGCAUCAUCCUACAGUGGUUUCUACCUGCAGGCCAAAGACAUGAACGGUCUUUGUCAGCUGGAUACAGGAAGUGAAGCUGAUAUGGAAGCAGCCAUCGAUCCUUUGCUUUGCCACUACCAAGGUCCGAUUGGCUCGCUGCUUUGUCGCGAUAACAUCUAUCCCAGUGACCCAUCCGAAGUCUUCACAGGUUUUUCAAUUGACCAAAAGCCGGUCGGCAUGGAGUCCUACAGCGGCAGCCUGACCAAACCCAAAACGAUGGACAUUUUGCUAUCGGAGCAUUUUGACGUGUGCUCGCCCUCUCUAGUGAUGCAGCUUCGAAACACCAGCCUAAAUCAAGACCCUGCGCCUCAGCAGAGGGACCGGCAGACAACUGUGGAUGAGGAAGAUGCUUUCGACUGUGGAAAACCUCAUAAAUGUGUCUCUCCCUGCAACACAUUCAUGGGUACGUUUGGGAAAGCUCCUUGGACUCCCCACAAGGAUCUAUACAUCCCACAGUCAGUCACGUAUCAUGGGAUAACUCUUCACGAGAAUCCUUACACUGCUUUGGACAUUGACUCGGACCUCGAGCAGAGCAUCAAGGACUCAUUGGAGCAGAGCGGCCGUGUGUAUGAGCAGCCGUUUGACGGCCGUAGAACUGAUGCCAUCUCACAACGUAGGAUGAGCUCCUAGCUGAUCCAACUUCCGAUUUUUCAAUGAGAACAACCAAAAGGAAUAGAAAAACACGAACAUUUCUACCUCACUGAAUGGACACUUUGGCAAUAAAGGAUGUCUGUAAUGUGCAACAAGUGAAUGUAAAGGACAGCUUCACGCAAAAUAGCACCGGUUAUUUUGCUGAAAAAAAAAGAUUCUGUUGAAUAACGUAGAUGAAUAUAUACAUUUUUAUAUAAAGUUUAUUAUAUUUUGUAAAUUGUUUAUAAACAGAUUUGAUUAUUUUUGCCUACUUUUUUUUGUACAAAUACUUUGCAGCCGUGGCUUUCCAUUUAUGUCCGCUUUGAAUAAAGCAGUGUUUUGCACAUGUGUAAACAAUAAAACGUGUGCUGCCAUGCUCACUUAUGGUUUUUCAAACCCUCCGAAAAGAUGAUCUGUUUCACAUCUGAAUAUGAGACAGAUUCAUCACUGUUCUCUCAGAGCACAACACACCACCAGAGUGGCGUUCAUAUUCAAAUAUAUGGCAUCCAUUUUCAUCUUAAUUCAGUUCAGAUUUAUCCAAUAUAAUCUAGUCAUAUUUUCAGAUAUAGGUUUGAAUACAUACUGUUCCAGUUCAAUCCUAAUUAUAUUACAAUACAGUUGAAAUUCAGUUAAUUAUUUGAUGCAAACUGCCGACAAGUGAUCUAUUACAGGCAAAGGGGACGUCCCCAAAAACUCGCAGCAUUCACCAUUACAGGCUUGGUGACUGCACAUCCUUAAAAAGUCUUAAAUUUGCAGUUGCAUGUUCGAUUCCCGGUCUGAUGACCUUUGCCGCCCGUCUUCCCUCUCUUUCAUUUCCUGUCUAACUACUCUCAAAUAAAGGCUGUCAGAGCCAAAAAAAGACCUUUCUAAAAAAAAAAAAUUCUUUAAUUUUUUUAAAGAUUAAAAAAAAAGUAAAUGAAACUUGCAUGCAUUAAUGACAGGCCUUAAAUUGUGUUGGGGGAAGUACUAUUUAAUCUCGUAUGUUUUUUCAUAAACGUUCAUUGUGUCCUAUGACUUGAGCGGCUGAGGCUGCUAGUAACUGGAUGCUAAUAUACUCUAACUAGCUUUUUAGCAUAGAUAUCAUGGAUGAGUACAAAUUUAUCACCAGUUAGCUGAACGACAACUGUUUUUGCCACUGACUAGCUUCUGUUACCAACUCAUAUGAAAGUAGGUCCAUUCUGCACCAAAAAAACUUGCUAAAAAGAAAAAUAAAGGAAUAGCGGAGUUAAAUAGCAAGAGCAUCUACUUAAGUGACUCCUUUCAGGAAACGGACAUAGCUAAACAUGGAGGCAGUGGGUUAAAUGGACUUUGUGCAGGAGAGAAAAACUCAAAGAACAUGUUGUGCAAAUAAGCACAAGUUUUGAUGAAACAUGGCACCAUGGUAUAGCCAAAUGUUGUAAAAGGGAAUUCCCUUAGAGCUUGUUUUAAGUUAAAAGCCAUUGGAGGAGGAUCCAGAAAAUCUCUUAGGUUGCGAUAGUUUUCAUAAUUUGUCUUACUAAACUGACUUUUAAAUGUAUCAAUAAUCCCGCCCUGGAGAUUAUCAGACAGAUGACUUUAACACCCCACAGCAGGAGUCAGAACAAGGAGAGCUGGAAAUAAAGACUGCAACUCAGUAGGAUGCGGAACAUGAUUUGGAUCAUCAUGUUUCUCAUUUAAAUGAGCACAUACUGUAUGUGGAACAUUUUGCCACCAGUAAUCAAACAACUGACUGGGCUUAAAACGUUUACAUCUCACGUGAAGAAGAAAUGGCUCAAACAUGUGAACACUAAAACUGGUACAGCAGCUAACACUCAUUACUUAUUGUUUACUGUUACUUUGUUGUUUUAUUUAAUUUGUCUCUUUUUUCCAUUUUAAAUAACUUUUUUCAUAAUUGUACAGGUCAACAUCUUGUUUGUCUUGAGGUGUUAUUCUACUGUUAAUUCCAGAUGUUUCUGUGUAUUUUUACAUGCCGACGUAGUGACGGCUCCGAAAGUUUGAAAACGUUUUUUACAUCCUCUUGUGGUAUAUCCCAAA